CCGCCGCAGUUGGGCAGCUUCUCUUCUGCUCGUGGCCAUGAGCCGAGCUCGCGCGCCUGGGACUCGGCCACCACCGCCGCCUCUGCUGCUGCUGCUGCCGCUGCUGCUGUGCCCGACUGUGCGGGGUGACUGCGGCCUUCCUCCAGACAUUCCUAACGCCACGCCAUCGUUGGAGGGAAAAACCAGUUUCCCCGAGAAAAGCAGCGUGGUGUAUACCUGUAACAAAGGCUAUCAAGAAAUUCCAAACAAGUUGAACACAGCGACCUGUCUUAAUGGCAGUUGGUCUAACCUCGAAACAUUCUGUAACCAAAGCUGUGAUGCUCCAACAAUGGUUCCUUUUGCAUCCCUCAAAAAGAUAUAUAUCAGUGUGAAUUAUUUCCCGAUUGGUACCGUUGUGGAGUAUGAGUGUCGGCCAGGAUAUCUCAGAGUUCCUUCACUCUCAGGAAAGUCAACUUGUCUUGCGAAUUUAGAAUGGUCCAAAAUUGAUGAAAUUUGUAAAAAGAAAUCAUGUCCUAAUCCUGGAGACUUGUCAAAUGGUCACAUCAACAUACCUAAGGGCCUGUUAUUUGGUUCAAAAAUACAAUUCUCAUGCAACACAGGGUACAAGCUAGUUGGUUCAACCUUUAGCUUCUGUGUUGUUUCGGGCGAUUCUGUUAACUGGGACAGAGACAUUCCAACGUGUGUAGAAAUUUUUUGUCCAGACCCACCAAAGAUCAGCAACGGAGAAAUACAUGGGGAAAGUGAUUCCUAUGUUUACAGACAGGUCGUCACCUACACAUGUGCCAAAGGCUUCCUCCUGGUUGGGGAGCAUUCCAUUUACUGCAAUGUGAACCAGGGCUACGGGGAGUGGAGCGGCCCUCCGCCAAGCUGCUUAGAGAAAUCCACGAUACCAACAACACCUCCGAAACCAACAACAGUUCAUAUUGCAGGUACAACAGUCCUAUCAACGUCCAAGAGGCCCACCACAGCAACGCCUUAUGUACCUGCUACCAAGACAACAGUGCAACGUCCAACAAGAACAUCUAAAGUCAAUGAAAAGUCUACCUCAGGUGGUGACCAUCUUAUAUAUGGGCGUACAUGUUUAAUAACCUUGACAGUUUUGCAUGUGAUGCUAUUACUCAUUGGCUAGUUGACUUAGCCAAAGAAGAGUUGAGAAGAAAUGUAAUGCAACCACUGAGAAUACUUCUAGUUUGCUAGAAUGUACAAGAGGAAUGGAUACAAUAAAUUUCAUAGAUGUUGCCUAUUAUGCUAAAAUUGUCUUUAAGGUGUGUGAGGAAUGUUAACAAAGCAAGAAGAAAGGGAUUUGUCUGAAGUGGUAUUCUCAAUGCAAAUAAGUCUCUUGAAAAUAUUUCAGAACCAGGAAAAUUCCCUACAUUGAAUGUUCUCUUUUCUAAAAAGUGUUGGAAAGUAUAGACAUUUUUCAUGCUUAGAUUGGUGGUAUGGGGUAAAGAAAAAUCAUGAUUUCUUUUGCUAGAUGUAUCAUGUUAUUCUAGCUUAUAAUGAAAAUAGGAAGCUAAAAAUAUCAAUUAGAUUUCAAAAGUAGAACAAAGACCUCAAACUAAUUUUUCUUUCUUCUAAACAAAACUGCCACAGAAAUGGAACAUUUUAAUUUGGCCCUUGACCUGAAGGGGUUUUCAUUUCUACUUUUCAUGAAAAUGAGUGGGCAAGAUGUUGUAAAGGAAGAGCAUGCUAACAAACCAGUGAUGGGAUGGGAAAGCAGCUCACUUGGUGAAGCUGACAAGCUUGCCUAACACGCGUGCAUCCCGAGCUUCCUUCCUCCCAGUACUUGUGAGGUGAAGCCUGAGAAUCAGAACCUCAAGGUCAUUCUCUGUUACCUGGUAAGGUUCAGGCCAGUCUGUGACACCUGAGACUCCAUCUCAACAAACAGACAUGGUAAGGUAGAUGAUAGAUAGAUGAUAGGUGAUAGAGAGAUAGAUGAUAGAUAGACAGACAGGCAGAUAGAUAGAUGAUAGAUAGAUAGAUAGAUAGAUAGAUAGAUAGAUAGAUAGAUAGGUGAUAGAGAGAAGAUGAUAGGUGAUAGAGAGAUAGAUGAUAGAUAGACAGACAGGCAGAUAGAUAGAUGAUAGAUAGAUAGAUAGAUAGAUAGAUAGAUAGAUAGGUGAUAGAGAGAUAGAUGAUAGACAGACAGGUUGAUAGAUAGACAGAUAGGUAGAUAGACAGAUACAUAGAUAGAUAGGUAGAUAAAAAAUGAAGAAUGUUGAGCCUUCUGACUUGGUGGCAAAGGAAGAGGAUACGGUUAAAGAUUAAUCUCCCUUUGAACAGGGAUCUGAGUCAGCAGUAGUUCAUGCUUUUAAGAAGGAUAAGCUAGUUUUGCUCUCAGGGAAAUAUUUUCUUGUUUUCUCUAGUGAAAAGGUUUUAGGGAGGGGGCUUUUUGACUGAUCAUUAGUGCUUCCAUAACCUCUGCAUAUGAAAAGAUUCUGUACUUCUGAUGUGAUAUGUUUAUCACCCCAUUGUAAAUCUUAUUCUUUUGUAAUAUUAAGAUGGAUCUAUAUAUAUUUAUUUAUAUCAGUGAAUAUCUUGGUUUUAAAUGUAUAUCAAGAAGAUAUGUAAUAAAAUCAUUUCCUUUAAAUAGA